AUGACGUUCUUGCUCUACCUCGUUAUGUUCUUUCUCCUCUUAAACGAAUUCGCAAGUGCAAAAUCUUUGAUUCGAGAUUCUUGCGAGAAAGCUGCAGAUAAAAACUCGAACAUCAAUUACGAUUUCUGCGUCAAGUCUCUCGAAGAGAAUCCGCAGAGCAAAACCGCACGUAGUCUUGACGGGUUGGUCAUGUCAUCGACGAAAAGCGCUUUGUCCAAAACAUCGAGCAUGAAAGAAACUGUGAGCAAGAUUCUGAAGGAGAAUAAAUAUGAAAAGUACAGUGAGAAACCGUUACGGGAUUGCCACGAGCUUUAUUCUGAUGCUAAGAAUUCCUUGACCGAAGCUUUAAGGAUAGCUAAAUCGGGUGAUUACAAAACCGCUAACGUGGAUCUAAGUGCCGCUAUGGGUGCACCACCCAGUUGCGAAGUUGGAUUUAAAGAAGGAAAGAAACCUCUGAAAUCUCCGUUUACAAAAGAUAACAAUGUUUUGUUUCAAAUGAUUUUGAUUCCUUUAGCUUUUACAUCUAUGUUGAAAUGA